AUGCAUUGGGCAGCAGCGGUAGCGAUAUUCUUUAUUGUGGUCACAAAGUUUCUACAGUAUACAAACAAAUACCACGAGAAAUGGAUCUCUAAAUUUGCACCAGGAAAUGAAUUAUCCAAAAAAUACUUAGCCAAGGUCAAAGAACGUCACGAAUUAAAAGAAUUCAACAACUCUAUCUCCGCGCAGGAUAAUUAUGCCAAAUGGACUAAGAACAAUAGAAAAUUGGACUCGUUAGAUAAAGAAAUAAAUAACUUGAAGGACGAAAUACAAUCAGAAAAUAAAGCCUUUCAGGCCCAUCUUCACAAACUCAGGUUAUUGGCAUUGACGGUGCCAUUUUUUGUGUUUAAGAUUAUGUACGGCAAGACACCAGUUUACAAGUUGAGUUCCUCGACUAGCACCUUGUUCCCUACGUUUGUAAGUGGUGUUUGGUCUCAAGGCUGGUUAUAUGUUCUCUUGCAUCCUCUAAGGACUAUUUCUCAGAAAUGGCAUAUAAUGGAGGGCAAAUUUGGUGCUUCCAAGUUUGAUGAUAUGGCUUUACAGAGUGUCUCUUUGGGAAUCUGGGUUUGGGCAUUGAUGAAUGUCAUCAACGGCGUGGAAUUUAUCGUUAAGCAAUUGUUUUUGACUCCCAAAAUGGAAGCACCUGCAUCUGUGGAGACUCAAGAGGAGAAAGCCUUGGAUGCUGUCGACGAUGCCAUUAUUUUAGAUUAG